AUGCAGCAACAUCAACAUAUCGAUGGAGUUAGCGAUAUUGAUGGCACAGAGGAUAAUCUGUCUGAUUUUAGAUGUUGGUGUUGCUGCUUUGGUGUGCACAUUAAGGUGGCAACUGCAUUAGUUGCUGGGAUUUCCUCAAUACUUAUUUUGACAAACUUUAUCGCCAAACUAUGCGGCUACUCCGAGAUUGGCUGGAAUUUUGAGCUGCUCUUUAUGAUAGUUGACGGUGCAGCUUUAACGGCAUUAAUUUACGGGCUAUAUACUGAUAAUGCUGCAUUCCUACAACCAUUUGUUGCUCUUAGUAUAAUCACUUCUUCAUUGCUGGUACUUCUAGCUGCUUAUUUGGGGACUGCAGUAAUCGACUCUAACUCUUAUGCAGCUCAACGGUUAGAGUUAGAAUUGAACAAACGACUUUCUGAUGCUGCUAGACGACUUAAUUUGGAGUUCAAACUUAGUGAGAACAAAAUUUUAAAUUAA